AUGCCUACGCGCGCGAUCAAGGCCAUCUUCUUCACGCGCUUUCACCACGAGAAAGGCUCCCGCGUCCUCCAUCAAAUUCCCGAGGGCAGUAUAACGCCGUCUUCCGCACCUUCCGCUCUGCGCGCCCCGCUCUUCUCCUUCGACUCUGCCACGCCCUACCUCAUUCCCACCCAACAGUUCUGCGAUCGCCUCCUCACCUUCUGUGUCAACCACUACCGCGUCAUUGGGUAUCCCGUCUGCAUCCGGGAAGGCAGAUACUCCAGGAAUGAGUUCAUCUUCAAUUGGUCGAUCGUUGUUGAGGAGAGUUUGUCGGAUUGGGUUGCGUAUGGAGAGGUGGUGAGGAAGGUCGGACGAUUGCUAAGAGGCCUCGAAGAGCAGGGUGGUUUUGUGAGUGGAGAGGAGGAUGAAAUGGGUGUUUGGGAAGACGACAAAGAGGAUAGGGCGUGGAGGACGGGGAGUGGGAGUAAGGUUUUCGCCUUGUGUGAGAUGUUGCUGGAGGAUUUGAAUAACUAUGCUGAGUGUAUGAUUCCAAUUGAUGAUUCCAAUACGAUUAACUUGAAGCUUUUUCGUACGCGCCCGCCUCCACCGCCCAUUCAUGCUCAUCAAGUCCCUGUCUUGACUAUCAGUCUAUCGUCUCUCAACACGCCAAUUUCCUCUGAUCUCACGCUGAAUCGCAUCCUGCCUUACAUCAAUGGCAUUCACAGCGUUGCGCAUAUCGCGCAGCUUGCCGACACGGACCUCAGUCUCACGCGCAAGGCGUUCCAACAUCUAGUCUUCUACGGAUGCCUUGUACUGCUAGAUGUGUUCAGCUUUGCGGCGGUUUACGCGCCAACCGCCGAAAUCGGGGGUUUUAUUGUAGACGAAGCAGUUCAAGAGGAGUGCGUCCGGUACGUCCGGGUGCCUCGUGUACGAUGGAAAGGUCCGAGUACCACUACGACUCGGAUGGGGAGCGAGGCUUCAGUAACAGGAUCAUCCCGCGACUCCCGCUCUUCCAUCUCAUCAAAUGCCUCAACAUCCUCAGCCCAAAGCGACGCCCUCUCCACCACCGACAGCCUCACCAACCCCCCCGGUCCUCUAUCCCCCGACGAAGGAACCCAUGACAUUCCCCAUGAAACCCUUAUCACACUAUACACCAGUCUCCGCCAAGGUCUCUCUCUCCGCCAAUGGGUUCUCGACAACCUCGAUCUCCUCCGCGGCAUCGACGUCCGGCGCCUGAUCACUUUCGGCAUUAUCAAAGGCUUUCUGUACAGAAUCCAUAAAUACGCCGUCGCAACCAGCACGAACGUCGCAGUACCGCCUGCGCCGCCAACAAGCUUGCAAAGCAACUCGACCAGCACAGCGCCCUCCACGCACGGCGCCGCCGCCUCAGACACGUCUACGAUCCGCAAUCAUGCUUACCCUCACCACCGCGAGAGUGCCGCAGGUGCCGCAUCACAUGUUCAGCACAGGCCUUCUGUGGCAUCGAGUCUAUUUGCGCCCGGUGGGGAAAGAAGGCUGGAGGACAUCACGAGGUUAGAUAGUAUUAUUAGUGGUGAAGAGAUGGGUGGGGAGGGGACUGAUGAGGUUUUUGGAUGGGAUGCAUUGUUUUGA